AUGUCGUUUGUUUCAAAAAAUAAAGAAAAUAAUAAACAUGAUUGGUCAUCUGAUGCAUUACUUGAAUUAUCUGAUAUUGGAAAUAAACAAUUACGUACAUUAGAGAGCAUGAAUUUCUCUCAUAUUCAUAUAAAAUGUCAACAAGAAUUGGAAUCAUGGCAUUCAGCUGCUGUGGCACAUCUUGGUCAAAUCUAUUCACAACGUUUAGCAGAUCUAGCACAAAAAAUGAUUGAUCAACUUAAAAUUCGUAUUAUGCCAAGAAUUAGUAAAGCUCUUGAUGAUCCAACACCUGAUCCAACACCUGAUCCAGAGAAAGUUGACAAAAUGCAGAAUUUAUUAUGUCAUAUAAAAUCUGAAUAUAAUGAUUAUGGUAUUCUUGUUGAUAUAUGGUGGAUGCCAUCAUUAUCUGUCUUUGUAAUAUUAACAAUUCAUUCUGUAUAUUUAUAUGAUUCAAUAAAACCAUCACCAAAUCUUCCAAUUAAAGUUGAUGCAAUUCAACCUGCAGAUCGAUCAUAUGUUUUAGCAUCGAUAUCACCGUUUGAACGUGAUAUUUAUGUAAAUUAUCAUAAAGGUGUCCAUAUUGAUCAAUAUCAUGUUUCAUCAACAUCACAAUGGACAUUGGAAAAACGUUAUUCAAAAUCUGGUUGUUGUGAAACAAAAGAUAUUGGAAUUCGUGAUGUUCGAUGUGAUUCUCAAUAUAUUUGUUUAUUAAUAAUGUAA